CCAGUGAUGAUAAAUAUAUAUCACAAAAGCCACAAAACCUCUUAUGAUUUUGCCUCUCUCUACAAUUUUCCUUGAAAAAAACACACACACACAAAGCACAUUCAUCACAAACUCACAAUGUCUCUUCCAAUUUUCUUUUUAUUUGUUAUAACUUCACUGUUUAAACUUUCACAUUCCACCACAAUUCUAGUAGAUGGAUCUUCAAAGUGGAACAACCCCACUGUUCACAUUGGUGAUUCAAUCAUUUUCAAACCCAAACAACACUACAACCUCUGCAUUUUCAAAAACCAGAAAGCCUUCAAUCUCUGCAAUUUCAUUGAAGCCAAUCUUCUCACAGAUCCAAACAAUACCUCCUACACGUGGCACCCUUCUCGUGUUGGUGUCUUCUACUUCACCUUCUACAACGACUCACUCAAAUCUUGCCAAGAUUCUCAAAAACUAGCCAUAAAGGUUAUUAGUUCAAGAACAAAAGGUGCAGCAGCAGCACCAGCUCCUUCUUCUGGUGGAGAUGUACCAUAUUCACCUUCAUUUCCAUGGCCUUUUCGUCCUCACCAAGUUGUUUCACCAGGUCCAGCACCAACACCAGAAGCAAGUUCACCUAUAACAGUUCCAUUGGUACCAUUUAAAGGUGGUGGUGGUGGUAAUGGUGGCAUGCCGUUUAUUAACAGUAACCCUGCAGUUCCUCUGCCUACUGGUGAAGUUGAUUCUGCUACCAUACGACCCAUUCCCACUUCUGGGUCUGCCAAUCGAGGACAGGUGAUGAUUGGAUCAUUUGGAUUUCAUAUUGGUGUGCACAUUAUGGCUUUACUGCUGCUGUAAGAAGAAAGAGUUGUAGGGCAAUGGUGUCCGACACACACCAUGAACUUUGGUGAAAUGUAUCUAAAGUAGCUUUAAGAGUGAUGAUUAUACCAUGUAUUAAGAUGCUCUUGCAUUCUACUUUAGAGUUUUUACCACUUUUUGUUCUUUGGAUUUGCAAAUUGCAAUGUUAGGAGUAAUAUUGAUUGCUGCUUUUGCUUUUUAUU